UGACUGAUGAUCCAUGGAUGAGAUGAAACACCCUGUAGCAACGGAAAAGAGAGCACCAGGGACAGAGAAAUCUAGAGAGAGAAAGGGAGGGAGCGUUCGCUGACGACGAUGGCCGCGACAGGGACGUCGCUGGAGGAGAAGAGAGCUUCCCGUUCGCUGAGCCGUCGCCAUCGUCGCGCUCCCACCAACCACUACUAAAACCCACCCCUUCGCUUCGCAUCCAAACAUCCAUCCAUCCUCAGGCGUGCGCAGCAUUUGCGUUCGCGCGCGCACGACGCACUCGCCAUUACUGGCAAUGCCGGACUCCGAUGGCACCAGCAGCCCGGCGCCGCCGAGGAGGGGCGGGAAGGGCGGCGGCGGGAGGCGCCCGGCCUACCGCGGCGUGCGGAUGCGGGCGUGGGGGAAGUGGGUGUCGGAGAUCCGCGAGCCGCGCAAGAAGUCCCGCAUCUGGCUGGGCACCUUCCCGACGGCCGAGAUGGCGGCCCGCGCGCACGACACCGCGGCGCUGGUCGUCAAGGGCCCCGCCGCGGUGCUCAACUUCCCUGAGAUCGCCGCGUCCCUGCCGCGCCCGGCCUCCGCCGCGCCGCGCGACGUGCAGGCCGCGGCCGCGCGCGCCGCCGCCAUGGACGUGCCCGCCGCCGUCGUGGGCGCGGCCGCCGCGGCAGUGCCACCCGCGGCGCCUCAGGAGGCGCCGCCGUCGCCCCACCAGCUGGUUCCUGGCCCGGGACAGGCCCUGGCGGCGGCCGACCCGGACGAGGAGCUCGAGGAGAUCGUGGAGCUGCCGGCCAUCGACGAGGAAGCCCUGGCGGCGGCGGACGACCUGUUCUGGACGACGGCGGCCUCGUUCCACCACGACUCUGCCGCCGCCGACCUGUGGUACGAGCCGGCGGCCGCGUGGAUGCACGCCGCCGGCAGUGCGGCGCACGCCGACGACAUGCCGCUGGUCGUGCCCGGGCUCGCCGCGGACCAGCUCUGGGCGCCGCAGCCGGACGGCAUCGUGUCGUCGGGGCUCGGUGCGCUCCUGUGGAACCUGUAGCGCUCAAUCCAUGUCUCUGAUCACCCCCUUCUCUUUCUAGAACGCUUGUCAAUAGCCCCAGAAAAGCAUUUGCCCGGGCCGACGCCUCAACCGCCCCCGCCAUUGGUGCGCAUGUGACAUGGCUGAUGAACUCCACCGGCAAGCAAGCAUGUGGACGUAUAUAUAUCUCGAUCCCUUUCACCUUUA